UGAAGGCGGCGGCACCGUGACCCGGAAGCGCUCCCGCCGCUGCGGCCUGCUCGCCGGGAUGGAGCUGGAGCGGAUCGCGCUGCCCCCCCGCGGGCCCCUGGAGCUGCCGCUGGCGCUGCUGGAGCUGGGCUGCGCCGGGCGCUUCGAGCUGCUGACGGGACCCCCGGGGCCGGGGGAAGCGCCCCCGCCGCGGUCCACACUGCCCCAGGGGCUGCCCCCCUUCGCCCCCCCCCCGGUGUCGGAGCUGGAGCAGCGGUUUUUGGGGACCCCCGAGUGGCUGCCCCCCCACCAGCACGAGCGGGCCCGCAGGUAUUGGGGGGGGAUGUCUCGCGGUGGUGGCAGCGGGCGCCAGAGCCCCGGGCCCCUCUUUGCACUGGAGCCCACCCCGGUGGCCGGGGGGCUGCGGGCCGAGCGGGACCCCCACAGCGGCGCCCUGAGGGGCUUCACUGAGGAGCUGCUGUCCGAUGUGGGGCUCUCAGCCAAGAACUCGCUGUCGCUGCGCCGGCCCCCCGGCCCCCCCGGGCAGAGCCUGCGGGGCAAUGCCACCAACUUCCCCUUCUGGCCAGGUAAAGCCCCCCCCCUUUAUCUCUGGGGAGGUAGUUUUGCCGGGGGGGGCGGGGCCAUGUGGAUCCAUGGGGCCGAGCCCCCGCGGAUGCGGGGCCCCCCCAUCUCACGCCCCACGCAGCGGCGAGGGUGGGGGGGCCGCUGUCCCUCUCCAGCCUCUUGGAGACCCUCGACAUGUUCGACCUGGGGGGGGGACGAGGCCGAGGGGGGCUCAGGGGACAGCCGGCCCCCGGCGGGGGGCAGCCCCCCGCCCCCCCUGCGCCACGCCGACAGCCUGGAGGAGGUGCUGCUGAAGGAGGCGGUGGAGCCCCCUGCCCCCCCCCCGGAGCCCCCCGAGGAGCAGUGGGCCAUCCCCAUCGACGCCAGCACCCCCGUGGAAGACUUUGACCAGCGCAUCCCUGACCCCGCUUUCAAGUGGCCCUUCGUGCCCGACCCCUUCCAGCAGCAGGCCGUGCUCUGCCUGGAGAGGGGCCACUCGCUGCUGGUGGCCGCCCACACCUCGGCCGGCAAAACCGCCGUGGCCGAGUACGCCAUCGCCCUGGCCCAGCGCCACAUGACCCGGACCAUCUACACCUCCCCCAUCAAGGCACUCUCCAACCAGAAGUUCCGGGAUUUCAAGACGACGUUCGGGGACGUGGGGCUGCUGACGGGGGACGUGCAGCUGCGCCCCGAGGCCUCCUGCCUCAUCAUGACCACCGAGAUCCUGCGAUCGAUGCUCUACAACGGCUCCGACGUCAUCCGGGAGCUGGAGUGGGUCAUUUUCGAUGAGGUGCAUUACAUCAACGAUGCUGAGCGCGGCGUGGUGUGGGAGGAGGUGCUGAUCAUGCUGCCCGAGCACGUCAAGCUCAUCUUGCUCAGUGCCACCAUCCCCAACGCCCUCGAGUUCGCCCAGUGGGUCGGCCGCACCAAGCGCCGGCGCCUGCGGGUGAUCAGCACGCGGCAGCGCCCGGUGCCGCUGGAGCAUUUUCUCUACACCGGGAACAGCUCCCGCACCCGCCACCAGCUCUUCCUCCUCCUCGACGCCCGCGGCAACUUCAGCACCCAGGGGUACUACGCGGCCGUGGAGGCCAAGAAGGAGCGAACCAGCAAACACGCGCAGACCUUCGGAGCCAAGCAGCCCACCAUGGGGGGCACCGGCCCCGGGCAGGACCGGGGGGUCUGGCUGGCGUUGCUGGGGCUGCUGCGGGAGCGGGAGCAGUUGCCGGUCGUCGCCUUCACCUUCUCCCGCAGCCGGUGCGACGAGCACGCCGACGCGCUGGGCUCCCUCGACCUGGUCUCCAGCGCCGAGAAGGGCCGGAUCCGGCUCUUCUUCCAGCGCUGCAUCGCCCGCCUGCGCGGCUCCGACCGCCGGCUGCCGCAGGUGCUGCGCAUGGCGGAGCUGCUGCAGCGCGGCAUCGGGGUGCACCACGGCGGGGUGCUGCCCCUGCUCAAGGAGGUGGUGGAGAUGCUUUUCAGCCAGGGGCUGGUCAAGGUGCUCUUCGCCACCGAGACCUUCGCCAUGGGUGUGAACAUGCCGGCCCGCACCGUUGUCUUUGACUCCAUCCGCAAACACGACGGCAACAAUUUCCGCGAUCUCCUGCCCGGGGAGUACGUGCAGAUGUCGGGGCGCGCGGGGCGGCGGGGGUUGGAUUCCACCGGCACCGUCAUCAUCCUCUGCAAGGGGCCCGUCCCUGAGAUGGCCGACCUGCACCGCGUGAUGCUGGGCCGCCCCACGCGCCUGCAGUCCCAGUUCCGCCUGACCUACUCCAUGAUCCUCAACCUGCUGCGGGCGCAGGCGCUGCGCGUCGAGGACAUGAUGCGGCGAAGCUUCUCCGAGUUCCCCCUGCGGCGCGACGCCCCGGCGCAGGAGCGGCGCGUGGCGGAGCUGCAGCGGGAGCUGGCGGCGCUGGGGGAGCCGGAGGCCGAGGGGGCCAUGGCCGACCUGCCCCCCUACCACCGGGCCGUGCAGGGGCUGCGCCAGGCCCGGGGGUCCCGGCAGCGGCGCCUGGCAGAGUCGGUGGCGGGGCUGCGGGCGCUGGCGCCCGGCCGGGUGGUGGUGGUCUGCACCCCCAAACACCGCAACGCCCUCGGCCUCAUCCUCCAGGUGUCCUCAGAGGGGUCCAGCCGCACCUUCACCACGCUGGUGCUGUGUGAGAAGCCCCCUGAGGAGGGGGGGCGGCGGUGGACCCCCCCAAAGCCCGAUGUCCCCUACCCCGAGGACCUGCUGCUCACCAGGCUCUUCGUGCCCGAGGGCGCCUGUGGCCACGUGCUGGAGAAGCUGCAGCCCGGGGACAUCGGGGGGGUCACGGCCAAGACCCUGCGGGUGAACCCCGAGAGGGUCCUGCAGGAGCUGCGCCCCCGCCAGGCCGUCCCCCCCAGAUCGGAGCCCCCUGGGAUGGAGGUGGGGGCGGCGGUGCAGGAGCUGCUGGCCCGGCUGGCGGGGGGGGCCCCGGGGGGGCUCCCCCUGCUCGACCCCGUGGGGACCCUGCAGCUGCGGGACCCCGAGGCCGUGGAGGCGGCCGCCCGUGCCCGGACCCUGGCCGCCUCGCUGGGCUCCUUCCACUGCGUCCACAGCCCCCGCUUCCCCCAGCAGUACGCCCAGUUCGCCGCCCGCCAGGAGCUGCUGGAGCAGCUGGAGCAUCUCCAGUUCCUGCUGUCGGACCAGUCGCUGCUGCUGCUGCCCGAGUACCACCAGCGUGUGGCCGUGCUGCGGGCGCUGGGGUACGUGGCGGAGGGGGGGGCGGUGGCGCUGGGGGGUCGCCUGGCCUCCCUGCUGAGCACCCACGAGCUGGUGCUGACCGAGCUGCUGCUGGGGAACGUCCUGGCCCCCCUGGUCUGCCAGGGGCGGGGGGAGGCCCCCCCCCACAUGCCCCCUGCCCUCCAGCAGGGGAUGGAGCAGGUGCGGGCUGUGGCGCAGCGCGUGGGGCGGCUGCAGCAGGAGUGCGGCCUCAGCCAGAGCGUCGAGGAGUUUGUCGACCAGUUCAGCUUCAGCCUCGUCGAGGUCGUCUACGAGUGGGCCCGUGGCAUGCCCUUCGCGGACAUCGCCCGGCUGGCGGCGGUGCAGGAGGGGGCCGUCGUUCGCUGCAUCCAGCAGCUGGAGGAGACGUGCCGGGAGGUUCGCCAGGCCGCCCGGCUGGUGGGGGAGUCUGCGCUGGCCGCCAAGAUGGAGGCCGCCUCCAACAUGAUCAAACGCGACAACAUGAUCAAACGCGACAUCGUCUUCGCCGCCAGCCUCUACACCCAAUAAAGGCUUUAUGUGUCC